UCGGAAGCGAGCGUGCGAAGUGCGCAGCGGAGCCGCGGCGAGUCCCGGGCGGCCGCCCCGAGCCGGGAUGCCGGAAGGGCCGUCUGUGAGGAAAUUUCACCACCUGGUGUCCCCCUUUGUGGGCCAGCAGGUGGUCAAGACAGGGGGCAGCAGCAAGAAGCUGCACCCACCCGACCUUCAGUCUCUGUGGCUCCAGGACACCCAGGUCCAUGGAAAAAAAUUAUUCCUUAGAUUUGAUCCAGAUGAAGAGCUGGGGCUCCGUGGCAAUGACCCACUUCCAGAACCUCUCCGAAAAGGAGCCCAGGAGGUGGAGGCCACAGACCAAGAGCAGGCCGUGGGGCCCAGCAGGCAGACAACUUCUGACGAGUCCUCUCAGGCUGCGGCACUUGCCGUCCCCCCUGGAGACGAAGGGCCCAAGUGUCUGGGGGCGGAUUGCCCCGUGCCAGGUGCUGAGAGGUGGCUGCAAGUCAGCUUCGGCCUGUUUGGCAGCAUUUGGGUGAACGAGUUCUCCAGAGCGAAGAAAGCCAACAAGAGGGGUGACUGGAGGGAUCCCGCGCCCAGGCUGGUCCUUUACUUCGGCGGUGGCGGCUUUCUGGUGUUUUAUAAUUGUCAGAUGUCUUGGAGCUCUUCCCCAGUGGUCAGACCCGCCUCUGACAUCCUAUCUGAAAAGUUCCAUCGAGGACAGGCCCUGGAAGCUUUGGGCCAGGCCCAGCCUGUCUGCUAUACGCUGUUGGACCAGAGAUACUUCUCAGGCUUAGGGAACAUCAUCAAGAACGAAGUCCUGUACAGAGCCAGGGUCCAUCCGCUCUCCCUCGGCUCACUCCUGAGUCCUUCGUGUCUGGAGGCCCUCGUGGACCACGUGGUGGAGUUCAGUACACACUGGCUGCAGGACAAGCUGCAGGGCCAACAGCAGCACCCCCAGAUCUACCAGAAGGAGCAGUGCCCUGCCGGGCACCAGGUCAUGAAGCAGGAGCUUGGGCCCCCGGGUGGGUUUCAGAGGCUGACCUGGUGGUGCCCGCAGUGCCAGCCCCGGCUCCCAGCUGAGGGGCCAGAGAAGCACCAGCGCUCCUAGUCACCUGGGCCCUUCCUCUGGGGGCCCUGUGUGAGUGCCCAGAGAGGAGAGUGAUGUCAGUUUUCUUGAUGGUCAUCUCACUAGAGGUGUGUCUAAGGAAGCGCUUUCCCAGGGUUAGAGUUUUUUCCUUUUCUAGUUCAUUCUUCUGAGGGAAGUUCUAGUUCUGCUAUUGGGAGAGAUGAGAAACAUCACGGUGGUGGGCGAGGAGGCCUCCGAGCGCAGUGGGACGUGGAGGGUGAAAGCUCCCAGCAUUGCCUCCCAGGUUCUGAGCUUUGUUUGUGUUUGAACUUCGGUUGACGUUAAGACCCUCCAUUUGGAGAAACAGAAUUUUUUUUCUUUGUUCCCUUGGAGGGACUGGGGUGAGGAGUUAGCGGCUGUGGUCAGCCUUCUGCCUGGGAGCCUUCCACGGCAGACCCCGAGGGGCCUGUGUGUAGGGAGCAGGGAGCUGGCCGUCUUCCUGGCACGCCCUGGGCCUGUAGAGAAAAGCUAUGCAUGUCCUCCUGAAGCUGAUAGAGCUGUGACCGUGGAUAUGUUGAACACUCCAGGAAUCAGGGGUUAUAGAGAAGCCGCUGUCAGAUGGUUGGCAACAAGUAGAUGAAACAAGACAGUGGCUUGAAAAUAAAGUGAUUUUCUCUUCUCUUCUCAUCUUUAUUUGGCAGUAAAGGGUGUUAAGUUGUCAAUACCUGAACUCUUUGUGAAGGUGGCUAUGGCCUUGUAGGACUUGCUGUAUCAGCCUGAUGCUUCCACACACACCUGCUCUUCUGCCCCAGGUGAGCAGAGAUGGACUUUUACUUCUGUCCCCACAGCCCCUGGCACAGUCCUUGCGGGCCUAGUCCCCUCCCUGAGACCCCAUCUCCAAAUACCUCAUGCGUUCUGGAGGGACAUAUUGAGUCCAUAGCAGCCAUGUACCACAGUGCCCUCUGUCAGGAGCAGCAGCUGCACCACAGGAGCUCCCCAGCCCAGGCCAGCAGCACCUGCAACCUCGGGAAAACAUCCCUCAGGGUAGCCAAGUUUCCUUUGAUCCAUCGGCUCUGACAGUGUGGCACCGGGAAGAAUGAUCACUCAGAAAUCCCACAGGAGAAGGGUGAAGUACAUUUGAGAACUACUACGUGCUGCCCCCCUCCCCACCACUUGGAGCUGUAUGUUGCACAUGAAGUCUCUAAGAAAUCCCACAGCGGAGAAAACUGUUUCACUUUGCUCUGGAUGUUUCUGGAUCUCUUACCACUCCUUGGCACACAGUGUAGGCAAUGCUGUCAGAACUCGGCUGCUCCCAGACUUGCGCAGGCGGCGUUUGAAUUUGGAUGCUGCAGCGACUGCUUCAAAUGUGCCUCUCCACUCUCUUAGGCCAGCACCUGCGGCUGUGGUUAGCAAUGUCCAUGCUGUGGUCCUGUGGCUGUAGCCAACAGCGCCUGUGGCUGUGGACAGCAGCACCUGUGGCUGUGGUCCUGUGGCUAUGGUCAGCAGCACCUGUGGCUGUGGUCCCCUGGCUGUGGGCAGUAGCGCCUGUGGCUGUGCUCACAGUUUACAGCCUCUGUCCAGUCUAAAUCCUCUUCACAGAAGAAUGGAAUUAAAAGAGAAAUUUAUUUUGGUACACAAUAUUUUGAAAUCUUAUA